UCUGCAACCUUCCAUUAUAUUCUCUUCUCCACUGUUAACGGCGCCUAUCCAACGAAUCUUCGUCUUUCCCAUCGUUGAUUCCGCCUCCUCCUCUCUAUAUAUAAAGCCUGUUCCUUUUUCUAUCCCCCAUAUUUCCCAAUUCAAGAAUCUCCCUCGUCAAUUCAACAACUCUCAGUUUUUCCUCGUUUCUUUUCUGCCCAAUUCUUUAUUUUCUUGGUUGAUUUCACAAUCUGCCAUGGAGUGCAGGCCAUUAGAGAUCACUCAGAUCUCAGCCAAGGACAUUAAAGAUGUCAAUAGAUUCACCAAGAUGGAUGUCUAUGCUGAGGUUUCCAUCAAGGGGGAUCCUUAUAAUUCUAAGCAGAAACAGAAAACCCCUGUCGAUAAAGACUGUGGAACCAAUCCCAAAUGGAAUUUCCCCAUGAAAUUCACCAUCCAUGAAGGUUCUGCUCAGGAUAACCGCCUCAUCCUCGAAUUCAAACUCAAGUCCGAUCGUAGCCUCGGCGAUAAGGACAUCGGUGAAGUACAUGUACCCAUCAAGGAGCUGAUGUCUCAGAAAUCUGGAGAUGAGAAAACGCAGAAUGAAGGUAACGUCAGCUAUGGUGUGAGGACUCCUAAUGGCAAAAGCAAAGGUACUUUGUAUUUCUCCUUCAAAUUCGGAGAAAAAUUCCAGGCUCCGUUGCAGGAGAAGGCGAAGAAGGUAGAUGAGCCCGUCAUGGCGUAUCCGGUAGGGUAUCCUGGCGCAGGGGCUAGUGGAAGUUCCGCCUAUCCGCCUCCAGGUGCAUAUCCGCCACCGCCUCAAUACCAUACGGAAGCGGUUAAGGGACAAGCUGCAUAUCCUUAUCCUUAUCCGCCUCCAGGGGGUUAUCCACCGCCUCCACAACAAGCAUACGGAGGGUAUCCUCCUGCUGGCGGGUACCCGCCAGCAUAUGGGUACGGCGGAUAUCCGCCGGUGGUGCAGCAACCGCAGAAGCCGAAGAAGAGCGGUAUGGGGAAGUUGGGCUUGGGAUUGGGAGCUGGGUUACUUGGUGGGUUGCUAGUCGGUGAUAUGAUUUCUGAUGUUGGAGAGAUGGCCGCGUACGACGCAGGAUAUGAUGCUGGCUUCGACGACGGUGGCUUUGAUUUCUAGGUCCUUUUUUUUUAAUAUUUAUAAAUUUUUUUUAUUUUCUCGUUUGAAUGAGAGAGAUGCAGAAAUUUAUUGUAUAUGAUGGAGGCUCUGUGUCUUUAUAUUUAUAAAUAAAAAUCUACAUUAUUGUCUGCAGAAAUAACUGCAGUGCUCA